UCGUUCGGUAACGGUCGUGUUUCUGUUGUUGUGCGAGAGUUUAAUAUAUAAGCACGUGGUUUUUCCACGCGCACGUGUGUUUCUUGUGCUCUAUUACUGUUACACGUAGUGAACGUAAAGCCAUCUCUGGUACCUGUUGCACUUGCAUCUGUGACUGUCGUGUGAAGAGCAUAGAAAACGUAUCAAAAUGAAGGUGGACACCAACGUCAGUACCAGCCAGAUGGAUCAAAACUGGACCCGCUACAUGGUGAUGUGCGAUCGGAAGGAUAUCCGGCAGCCGGUUAACUUCCAGGAGGAGAACGAAGUGCAGGCGACCUUGGUCGGUAACAAGGCACUAGCCAAGCACUACGAGAUACAGAAUCCAGUAGACCGGGGUACCCAGAGCACGAGAUGGAUACUUAACACGCCCGUAUGGACGGUUCACAAUCGGUUGGUGCAUACCGGCAUUACGCAUGUGGAGGGCGGUUGGCCCAAAGAUAUCGACUGCUGGCGUGACGAGGAACUGAUGACCCGAUAUCGACGGAAGCAGGAGAAAAGCGAAGCCUACGUACAGCAAAUGCGAGGUCUCACACGGACGAUGGAUCAUGCAAUUAUGCAGAACAAUGCCUGCAAUAUCUACCAGAACUACUUUGAGGACAUUGAGCAGCACGAGCUGAUCGAACAGUUUACGUCAAAAACUGUACACGUGUACAAGGACUAUCUGGAAGAAAAGCGCUCCUGUACGUACAUUUGCUGGUCCGACGAGGGAAACCAUUUCGCUUCGGCACACUGUAAUAUUGGACAGCGCCGUGGAGCCAUUACCGAUUGUUACAUCUGGGAUAUUGAGCAUCCGAAUAGUCCACUGCAGAAACUGUUUCCCCCAUAUCAGACGCGCUGUUUGGAGUACAACUUUAAGGAUCCCUCACAGAUGGCCGGUGGGUUGUUCUCGGGACAGGUGGCAAUCUGGGAUAUACGAGCGUCUGGGACACCGGUGGAGACGACACAGCGUGAAGCAAGCCACAACGAUGUGGUAACGCGCGUUCUUUGGACAAGCUCAAAGACGACGAACGAAUUUCUGUCCGGUUCGACCGACGGACGCAUUCUCUGGUGGGAUCUGCGCAAUCUAGCCGAACCGUACGACUAUCUCAAUCUCGCUCCCAAGGACGUCAAGGCACGGGAGGAGGAUCCGCGCCACUGCUUCGGUGUGUGCGCGGUGGAAUUCGAACCGACCAUGCCGAACAAGUAUACGGUCGGUACGGAAAACGGUAUGAUUUACAGCUGCAGCCGCAAGUACAAAACGCCCGCAGAUAAGAUACAGUCGACGAUCUAUGCACACACGGGACCGAUCUACUCGGUGGAACGAAAUCCUCUGUUUAUCAAGAACUACAUCAGUGUCGGUGACUGGCAGACGAAGAUCUGGACGGAAGAUUGUAAGGAUAACCCGAUCGUGUGGACGAAGGAGUACGCGGUCCAGCUGACAUGCGGCAUCUGGAGUCCGACUCGAUGCUCGUUGGUGUUCAUCUGCCGGAUGGACGGCGUGAUGGAUGCCUGGGAUGUGAUCCAUCGCCUGGAUGGACCGGUCCUGCGCCUGAAGCUGUCCGACGCACCGCUCUGGUCCGUGCGGGUCCACAAGGCGGGUAAGCUGAUCGCGAACGGUACGGAUAACGGGGCCAUCUAUCUGACGGAGAUCUCCGACAACCUGACGUUCAGCUCGGCUAAUGACAAACCGGCGCUGUCGGGAAUGCUGGAGCGUGAGAUGCGUCGCCAGCGGUUGCUGGAGGCAAAGAUCAAAGAGAUCAAGCUAAAGGAGAAGGAGCUCGAGCGGGAACGAAUGAGGCGCCAGCUGCGCAUGGACAACGCGAACUCGAUCGAGGAGGAGGAAAAGGAUCUGGUGGCAGACGCAAUGCACCAAUUCUGGACGAAGAUCCACGGCCGGAAGAGUCUGAAGAAUACGCUCAAGGGUAUUCGGAUGCGGGACACGGGUGUUACGUUGCUCGCCAAGGACAAGAAAGCGAAAAAGGAAAAGCGCUAAUGUGGCAACGGUCCUAUAUCGAGUUUUGUUAUUUUUUGCAGUUUUAUUGUACGAAAAUUUGAACAUUUGCUUUAUACGCCAAACAACACAACUGAACUGGGAAGAAAUUACAAACGACUACGGAUCGAUAUUAGAAGGAUUAAAUAAUCGAACGCAUGGGAACUAUUGCCCAGCCUGUUAAAGAAGUGAGAGUCAACGAUAAGAUUGCUUUUUUUCUUCUUUUCGUCUCAUUUGGUGUGUUGGCUUGCCACGUUAAUUCAAUGGAUGAAAUGUUUAAAGGAGUUAAUGCUAUAUAUGUAGUAUAAUAUGGCUUCAUUUUAAGUAACUUCAUGAUUAAUCGAGAUACAAAACAGGAAGGGCGCUACGCCGAGACUAGUUGUAGUAGGACUAUGUGUGUUCGCUUAGACAAUAUAUCGAGAGCAUUUCAAUGGAACGCAUACACGGAUGUGUUGAGCUGCCAGGAUAUUACAUAACCUUACGCUUAAUCUGUCCUCCUCCUUCGCGCUACAGGUGUGUUUCAAGCGAUCGGUGCAUAGCAUCGCGCUUCAUUCGCGUCCCUAGCGUUUAUCUUUCAUUUAGCUAGGUAUUAGAAAGUACUUUGUGAAACUACCAAAAGACAACCCUAUAAAAAACGUGCUUGCAGUCAUCGGAGUAUGCAACCUCUCUCAGUACUUAAUUCAUCGAUCGUCGAAUUAUUGUGUGUUGUGUUUGUUUUUGUUUCAAUAAUAUAGAUAUUCUCACUCAUCAGAUACAGCUGUCCCUAGGCGAACGAAGCUUGUUUCGAUUUUCGUUAAAGUGUAUAACACGUUAAUUGACAAUAAAGAGUAGUGUUUUAAAAUGA